GAAAACGUUGCUUUAGAUAGGUUAUGUUGAGUCAAGAUGUAUUGAGUAACUAACUCAUAACCUCCAUUUCUCGUUUUGCAUUUUUAUUUUAUAAUAAAUAAUUUACUUUCAAAACCAAAAGUUGAAUUAGUGUAUUGUAGUAAGCUAUUAACAGCUUACAUUUAAGUGACGAUGUGUAGCAAUACAGAAAUAGAAGAUGGGGCCAUGCUGAUGGAAGCUUUGGAUAAAUUUGAUUUAACUGGCUCUCUUUGCAAGAAGUGCGGGAAUGAAAACAAACCACAAAUCGUUUUAAGAAAGAAGGAUGCUUAUUGCAAAUCAUGUUUCUUGACCUCUGUCAAACAUAAAUUUCGAGCAUGCCUUGGAAAAUCAAAGAAGAUGAAACCUGGUGAUAAAGUUCUUGUUGCUUUCUCGGGUAGCAGCAAUUCAGUUGCAAUGCUUCAUCUCAUUCAGUCAGGGUUACAAGAAACCUCUCACAAGAGAUUAAUGUUUCACCCUACAAUAGUGUACAUUGAUGAAUACUCUGCAUUGAAUUUGUCAGAGGAAGAAAGCAAAACAAUCAAAGAAGAUAUUCAACGGACCUGGGGACUGUACGAGUAUCCAAAACACAUAGUGCCAUUGCAUUUAUCCAUAGAAGAAGAAGAGACUGUUAAUGCGUUUCUCACAAAAGGCACCUCAACUGAUAAAACUAAGUUCAUAAAUAUGUUCACAAGCUUGCCAGAAAACACUUCAAAAAUUGAUAUGCUCAAUAAACUGAGGAGCAACUUGUUGGCCCAGAUAGCCAGGCUACUUGGGUGCAAUAAAAUAUUCACUGCGGAAACGGCUAAUGAUUUGGCAGUCAAACUUAUCACUAACGUAUCUCUAGGUAGGGGAGCUCAGCUGCCGUAUGACGUGGGUUUCUCGGAUGAUAGGUAUGCAGAAGUCAAGGUGAUCCGUCCAAUGCGAGAUUUGUCAAAGAAAGAACUUGUGUUCUACAAUGUAUUUCAUGACUUGAUUCCUGCACAUGUGCCUUCUUUGUUAACCAAGGCCGAGCCACAUUCAAGUAUUCACAGGCUGACGGAGUCAUUCCUCACAGACUUACAGGACGGGUUCCCAAGUACGCUCUCAACAGUUUUUCGAGUUGCUGAUAAGCUCACUACAAACCCAGAGGACAAAAUCAUUUGUCCGCUAUGCCAGGCACCAGUAGACACUGAUAAAGUACCUUCUUCUUCCCUUAGUGCUACACAAUUCUCAAGGAUUGUUUCUCAUGCAGGACCAAGUAAACUUGAUGCAUCUAGUUUGGAGGCCACUUGUAAUUUAGGUUCAGAACAGUGUUGCAAUGGUGGAGGGGACCAGUCAUGUAGGAACAAAGCCUCUGAACCUUCGCUGCAAAACCUGCUUUGUUACGGUUGCAACCUGAUUGUCAGAAACGCUGAUGUGGCUAAAUUUCCGAAUGAAGUAAAGAGGAGUUUACAAGAGGCUAGCCAAAGGUUUCAAAUGAGAAAAGAAAUCGAACAUUUUCUACUGUGA